AUGACUCCAAAAUCUCUGCGCCGCUAUAGAGGGUCCAGCGUGCGUGUCGCGGCGGGGUACAGGCACCAUACCACCAAAUCCCAUUCAGGCUCGAGCCGCUUCCUCCACGAAAACGACGUUCACGACGGCCCUCGGCUCUGGUCACUCGCCAACAGACUGUUGGUGGCGCUCUGGGACGGCGUGAUCGGCGCAAGGAUGCUGAGCGCGCGCGUGCUCAUUCUCGUGUACUGUCUGGUCAGCGUCGUCUUCGCGUCUUCGCAGCUAAUCGGAAAAGCGCUCUUCGUCGUCCGUGGGAGCUCGUCGACGUCUCUGCUUCUCGAAAGCUCGCAAGAGAGUGCUUCCUCUUCUUCCUCGGAUUAUUACUCGGACUUUCCUCUCGAUCGGCACCUCUCGAUGGCCUUUGCUGAGCUGCCGCCGUCCAUGUCUGUCCAUCCGUAUGUGCUGCGCGGAGCUGCAAGUGGGGCUAUUGGUUCCUCGCUGACUGUUUGUCUCUGGACGGACGAGAAGAGAGUCGAGGAGACGGUCGGUGCUUUGGCUGCAAGUUCUUGGUCAGGUCCUAUCUCUCUGGUUCUGGCUUCCAAGGGCGUGUCGUUGGACCUCGAUACCGUGCGGGCAGGCGUUGCCAAUCUAGCCGCUGAGGAGCUGGGGUCCCGACUCUCCGUGCACAUCAUGCACGAUCCCGUCACCUCGGAGAUCUCUCGAAACGCAUACCUCAACGCUGCGAGGCUGCUCUCCCAAACCGCUUCUGUCGCCCUCUUUCCCUCGAUCUCGAGUUUCUCGUCGUCGGACCUUCAGCUUCUGGGAGACAACGGCGGCACCGGCACCCACCCAGCGAGCCCGGUGACGAUCCUGGUCAACGAGAGCGCGAGCGCGCACGCGUAUCCGUUUCCGGCGCUGUCCCCCGUUCUGAUGCCCCGCGAUCAUCCGGUAUGGUGUACCGAACGUCUGUUUCUCUACGGAUCGCGCACUCGCGACUGGGACGAAUGUCUGUGGCAGCUCUGGCUUGAGAGCACCGGGACCAUGUCGAUCAAGGUAGGCUCGCACGGCGACACCGAUACUAGUACGUCACUCGGGGACUCGGGCAGGGACGAACACCGCACCUCACUAGCCGUUAGGACCCGGGGCCGCCUUUCGACGCGGUUUCAUACGGAGACGUGUGUGCUGGCUGCGAGGCGGCAGUCUGUCCUCGAGGAGAUGACGAGCGGGAGGUCGAAUAGCACGUCUCGCUGGAUAAGGAGCUUCUGUCGUAAGCAUGUUGAGAGCUGGGCGCAUAAUAUGGUUUAG